GUCUAAGGGUUGCUGAACUCUCCCCUCCAUCUUGGUACGGUCCGUUGCCUAGGUGCUAGUAGAAGCUAGUGUACUCCGCCAUGCCUGUCCAAGGCGCUGGGUUUUCUCAUCCUUGUUAGCCCGAGAGCUGCUAGUACGCAUGGAUUACAGCGACAAUGGAGCUUGAGGUUCUGCUCUUCAUUGCCACAAAAUGGGACACCACGUAGGAACAGCUGCAGCUUAAAAUAAGUAUUUUUCUCAGCUGAGGAAAUGGCUUCACCAAAGUCAAUGUUGAUGGAUCAUGGAGAGUUCUUGACGGAGCUGGACCAGGUUACCAAGAGGCUUCAGGACGACGGCUUGCCUCCAGAGGCCGGAGCGGAGGAGCGGCAGCAGCAUCUAUGGCGGCAGCUGCUCAACGCCGAGGCAAAGCUUCAGUCAGUCUCAAAGGAGCUGCAGGCCUUACGUACGCAGCAGGCCAAUGAAAUGAAGGAGGUGGAGAGCUACGUAGCUCACAUUCGAGCGCUGCUGGAAGAGCGCGAGUGUCUGACUGCAGAGUAUGAGAGAGACAAUGAAGACUUGCGACAUGAGCUUCACCAAAUCAAACAUCAACAAGAGAUCCAGAGCAAGGAGAUGGCGGAGAUGUUGUCACAGGAAGACCUGGGGGAGAUCGGCUUGAGUAGCCCCAGUGAGCAGGUGGCUUAUCUACUGGUGGAGAGGGCCACUCUGCUGGAAAGGCUGGAGGCUGCCGAGGGGAAGCUGGAAAGUCAUACCCUCGCCGUUACCAACAGCGACCAUGGGGAGCACAUCCAAAUAAAGGGAGAGAGUCUCAGGCAGCAGAGGGAGGACAUGAGCAAGACCAUAGAUCACAUGACGAAGCGAAUGCGCAGAAGAGUUCGAUCACCAUGUGGACAUUGGCUUUUUGUUUCGUCAGCAGUGUUCAUCCCAGAGUCCGUGGAAGAAGCUGUUUGGCCUGCGCAGGCCCACAGCGAGGAGAUCACCAGGGAGCGAACUGAGAGGCAGCGGCUGGAGCGGGACCUGGAGGAGGCGUCCAGGAGGCUGGCCAUGGCUCACCAAGACAUUCGCAGACUCAACAGUGAGCUUGAUGCGGCUAAGAACAACAACCAAGACCCAUGUGGAUCUGAGCUUGAGGGGACAGUCCAGGAAGUUGAGUACCUGAGGAAGGAAGUGGACAAAAUGAAACACAAUGGUGAGACGAUAAUGAUGAAGCUGCAGCGAGCCAAAGAGCAAAAUGACAGACUGGAUGCAGAGAACAGAGCUCUCAGGGAAAGAGUACAUGUCAUGGAGUCUGAGAAGAAAGAUCUUCUGGAUCAGAUGACAAAACCUAAUACAGAAAAAGAAGACUUGAAGAACAAAGGUACUGAAUCUGAAAACUGUCUCUCUGCUGUGUCAGCCCAAGAGAAGGAUCAGAUUCAUAAACGGUGUCAGGAAGCGGUGGAAGACGGACUUAUGCAGGCGAGAGAGCUGCAGCGGCAACUCCAGAGGCUACGCAAGGAGCAGGAGGAGCUGGAGGAGAGGAAUGAGGAGCUGGAGGCCCUGCUGGGGGAGACCCAGAACUCCAGCAAGGAGGAGAGGCAUCGCCAUGAGGGAGAGGUGGAGGGGCUGCACAGAAGAAUUAGAAACCUGGAGGCGGAGCUGAGAAAGCACGACGCUCAGGAAAAAGCGCCAAAAAAUGGCGACGAGGUGAAGGCCAGCGAGUCCUACCUGCACGUCCACCUGAGGGACAGCUCCCAGGAGAGAAUGUCCCUGCUGGAGGCCCGACUGACUGAGGAGAAGGAGUGGAGGAAACAGCUGGAGUUGGAUCUUACUGCUGCUCAGGCUGCCCUCAAGAAAGAUAAAGAGGCUUUGCAGAUAGGCGAGCGAGAGCUGAAGAAACUGAGACUCGAGGUCAGCGGUCUUCAGACCGAAUGCCAGCAGGGGAAAACGCUCAUCAAAAGUCUGACCCAGGUCAAGGGAGAGAAGGCCGUUCUAGAAGAAAAGGUGGCUCAGAUGGAGCGCGCCCACAGCAGACUCCAGAGUCAGCUGGAGCGCUACAAGGACAGUAACCAGACUCAGGGAAAAAUGAUGGAAAACAGACUCCAGGCUGAUCAGACGCAGAAGCAGGUCGACAGCCUUAACGUCGAGCUCAGCAGCCUGCAGUCUUCACAUGACAGUCUGAGGGAGGAGAUGACCUCUGAACGCCAGAAGACGGCUGAGCUCCAGGCGGAGCUGAGCGGCGCGGUUCAUCUGAAGCUCGAGGCUGAAGGGAAAAGAGAGAGAGUGGAGCUGGAGGUCCAGCGGCUCAAUAAGCAGCUUCAGUGGCAUCAAGAGCAGCUGACCUCUGCUAAGGAGGCACUUCGUCGCAGCCAGAAUGCCGAAAUGGACACAGCUAGCGCAGGAUCUGGGUCUGAUUCGGUAGAGAAAGUAAAGGUUGGAGGUUUGGAUCAGCUUUCAUCUUUGAAGAAGGAAAUAAACGACCUGGAGGAUAAGCUGGAGGAGGAGCGGCAGCUGGCCUCUCAGCACCAAAUGGCUCUUCAGGCUCAGAUUAGUGAAGCCCAGGCACAUAUUAAGUUGCAAGACUCGGUGCUGGGCCAGAAGGCGCAGGAGGCGAAACAGAUGAAGCAAGACGUGCAGAGAGCCCAGAGCCUGUUCACCUCGGCCGAGAAGGAGCUGCGCUACGAGAAGGAAAAAAGCCUGGAUCUGAAGAGACACAACACUCUGCUGGAGCAGGAAAAACUCAAGCUUGGCGCAGAACUGAAGCAGGCCCAGUCCAAGCUGGCACAGGUGGAGCAGAAACUCCAAACUCGAGACACCGAGUGCGAACGCCUGCAGCAAAAAGUCCGAGAAUUAGAGCUGCAGCUGAUACGCAGCAGCACCAACUGCAGCGCCACCGCCGGCCUGCAGGAGGAGUUGCAGGCCGAGAGGGCGCGGCUCAUUGCUGCCGACAAGAAGGUGUUGGAGCUCCAGCAGCAGCUAAAGAACGCCCAGCACCAGCUACGUGUCGAGGAAGCUCGAGCCGGCGAGAGCAGCCGCCUGGAGAGGGACAGCAGGGAUCUGUUUGAUUCUCUGUCGGCCCUCAGGGCCCAGCAGCAGGAGGGCCACAUCACCAGGAAGCUUUUAGAGCAGCGGGAGGAGGAGCUGCAGCAGCAGGUACGCUCGCUUAGGCUGAAGGAAGCUUCCCUCAACAGGACAAACACGGAACUCAGCCACCGCGUCCAGCAGCUGGACACUCAGCUGUCCAUCCUGGAUGCUGAGCUCAAGAAGACAAGAGAGGAGGUAAAAACAAGCCAGAAGUCAAACCACAAACUGCAGGAAGACCUGAUUACCAGUCAGCAGGAGUGUGAGAGGCUACAGGAGGAGCUGCAGCAGGUCCUCCUCCAACUAGAUGCACACAUCAGGAAGUACAACGAAAAGCAAAGCCAACACAAGACCAAACUGUGUCAGGCCAAACAGAUUUUCAUGAAGGCAACGGCACAGAGAGACUCUACCAUCCAGAAACUGGAGAACGAUCUGGCGCUGGCCUCCAGUCUCUCCUACAAGGAGAAGGAGCGGAUCAAUGUAGUGAUGCUAGAAAACGAGAAGCUGCUGGAGGAGAAGCGGGAGCUGCUGCGGAGGAUAAGUGAGGCAGAAGACAUUGGCAGCAAAGGCAUGAGGACGGCUUCCACUGUCCAGCACAGGGCUAAUGUCUUAGAGGUGGAAAACAAACAGCUGCAGGACAGAACCAUGAAGCUCUCCAAUCAAGUCAGGUCCCUGGAGCGUGCCCUGAGGAACGCCGAGUCAUUCUAUAGUAUGGAGAAUGUCAAGAGAGCGCUCCCCUCUGAUGGUUUCACAGAAGGCGUCAUGCAUUCAUCAGCUCUGAGUCUGACCUCAGGUCCCUGUGAUCACGCCGACAUCCUGGACGCGAUCUGCCGUGCGACGGUGAACAAGCACUUGGUGCUGGACGGCACGAGGACUUCCGUCUCUACGCAGCAGCCGCCUGAGCAGGGAUACCUGAACCUCACCUCCCCAAUGGUCACUCCAACUUCCACUAAGGGUAGAGGAGAGACCUCAGAUGGCAAAGACCAGGGGUGAGAGGCGAUGGGAGUUUAGUGAUGUCACUGCCAUACAACGUAAUCUGCUUACAUAGGGUCGUAUUUGAAAAGCAGAUUCUUGUUUGCCUCAUAAGUACUGUGUUUGUCCCAGCAGCUUACUGAAAGUGAUUCUUUUUUUUUUUUUUUACAAAGCCUUUAUUAACCAAGAAUUUUUCAACAUACUCUGUUCUUAAAGACAACAGUGUCCAUUGGGAUAGAAGUCCAGCCUGUUUAUUUGGAAUGCAAACACGUGCAAAUGGUUUUCUAAAAGUUUAUUAUGUUUCUUUGGUUUGUUUGCCUUUGCACACCAACGCUUAUGAGCAUCACUUAAAGUUUGAAAGACUGAUACUGUUUGUAAUAUAACAUUAUGAAAAGCACCACACACCACUGCCUUCAAUGGGAAAUACAUUUUUAUCAAAGUUAUUUUAAUGAUCCUAUUUGAAUUGAAGCACUUUAACAUGUUUUUUAUACAGAUGUUUACAUUCAAGAUGUUUUAGCAAUGCUGUGCAAAUUUUGGGAUAUUAACUUUUCCUGGUUCGAUUUUGCAGUGUUUUGAUGCCUAAUGACGCCUAAAGUGUUGGCUACGUUUGUACUUAAAAGGAAAAAACAUCUAAAUUGAGUGAAUUUUUACCAGUUUACAGUUCUGAAUGUUUCACCCAUCUUCUGUCUAAUAGGAGAUAAUCUGGUACUUUAAACAAAACCAAUUCUGUCCUUUUUUUUCUCUUCUUGGCCUAAUUCAAGUUUCCUCUGGUUGUGUUUUUUUUUCUUUCAUUGUUGUCCACAUAAAAAG